AUGAUCACAACUCAAGCUUGCCAACAUCUGUUCAAUUUCAGUACCACCCAUCGAUUCCAACAAGUUGAGCUAGCCAAUUUCGAAGUUUCAGUUUAUCGCCUGUUUCAGCAGACAUUUCAGAGCCGGAAACUGAAACGGAAGAGGACCAAGAAUCGAGACCCUACCUUCGUAAGGAGGUGCAUAAAGAAAAAAAGACCACGCCCGCUUUCUACACCCAUAGAAAGCAAUAAUUCUCCAUCCCACGAUCGUCUGAAUUACCGACAGGGUUCCGCCAUAAUAACUGGAUCUUCGCAACUAAACGAUAUACAGGAGAAUUUGGACCAGUUUGUUUUUCAGGCUGCACCGAAAGAAUCUCAGAUGAAAUGCCGCAUUACGCGUGAUCGAAAGGGGAUGGAUCGCGGCUUGUAUCCAACAUAUUUCCUACACCUUGAGCGGGAGGAUGGCAAAAAGAUCUUUCUUCUUGCCGGGCGCAAACGAAAAAAAAGUGCAACGAGCAAUUACAUUAUUUCAACGGACCCUACGGAUCUUUCUCGAGGAGGGGAAGCGUUCGUGGCGAAACUGCGUUCUAAUGUUUUCGGCACCCAUUUCACCCUUUACGAUGAUGGCCACAAAUUAAGCAGUCGGCAAGAACUCGCCGCAAUUAUCUAUGGCACCAAUGUACUUGGAUUUAAGGGUCCAAGAAAAAUGACCAUUAUUAUUCCAGCCAUGUCCAUCGAGCAACAGCGUGUUGAUGUUUGCUCGUCGGUGGAGCAUGAAGGCAUAAUUGACCGAUGGAAACGGAAGAUGAGCGACGACCUUCUGCAGCUUCACAAUAAAACCCCUGUAUGGAACGAUGAUACUCAGUCAUAUGUGCUCAACUUCCAUGGACGAGUCACUCAGGCGUCAGUGAAGAAUUUUCAGUUGGUUCACGACGAUGAUGCCGACUACAUCAUCAUGCAAUUUGGGCGCGUUGCAGAAGACGUGUUCACGAUGGAUUUUCGCUAUCCUAUGUGCGCCGUUCAAGCCUUUGCUGUUGCACUGAGCAGCUUCGACGGUAAACUGGCAUGCGAGUGAUCCCUCAGAUUCACCUUUUGUAUUUCCGAAAAUAGGAAUCAACGAUUUCAUUUUCCAAGUACACUUUAUUCUAGUCAUUAAUCCCAUUGUUGACUAAGCGCACUUUUAUCAAUCUUUUCAAUAUAAUUACAAUACAAACAAAA